CAAUGGCACGGCAUGGCAGCGGCAGAGACCUCACUCACUUCGCGGCACCAUCCACCUCCCAGUGCUCCAAACCCCUAUAUAAACCCCAGCCCAUGCCCUGAUUCUCCCACUCAAACACGAAGCUCCGAGCUCUCUCCAUUGAUCAGCUUCGAGCUCUCCAUUGAUCAGCUCAGUUAGAGAAGAGAGAGAGAUGGCGAAAUUCAUGGCGGUUUGGGGGGUGGUGAUGGUGGCGGUGGUGGUUUGGUCGGCGGCGAUGGCGGCGGCGGGGAACUUCAACGAGGAGUUCGACAUCACCUGGGGCGAGGGGCGCGGCAAGAUCCUGGAGAAGGGGCAGCUGCUGACGCUGACGCUGGACCGGACGUCCGGGUCCGGGUUCCAGUCGAAGCACGAGUACCUGUACGGCAAGAUCGACAUGCAGCUGAGGCUGGUGCCGGGCAACUCCGCCGGCACGGUGACCGCCUACUACCUGUCGUCGCAGGGCGCGGCGCACGACGAGAUCGACUUCGAGUUCCUGGGCAACGUCACCGGCGAGCCGUACACGCUGCACACCAACGUGUUCACGCAGGGGCAGGGCAACCGCGAGAUGCAGUUCCGCCUCUGGUUCGACCCCACCAAGGACUUCCACACCUACUCCAUCCUCUGGAACCCCAAGCACAUCAUAUUCAUGGUGGACGACAUGCCGAUCAGGGACUUCAGGAACCUGGAGGGGAAGGGGAUCGCGUUCCCGAAGAACCAGCCGAUGAGGCUCUACUCCAGCCUGUGGAACGCCGACGACUGGGCGACGCAGGGCGGCCGCGUCAAGACGGACUGGUCGCACGCGCCCUUCUCCGCCUCCUACCGCGCCUUCCGCGCCGACGCCUGCGUCGUCGCCGCCGGCGGCCGCACCCGCUGCGGCGCCUCCGUCGGCACGGACGCCGCCCCCGGCAGCGGCGCCGCCGCCGCCGCCGCCUGGUACAACCAGGAGCUCGACCUCACCCGGCAGCAGCGGAUGCGGUGGGUGCAGAGCAAGUACAUGAUCUACAACUACUGCACCGAUCCCAAGCGCUUCCCCCAGGGCCUCCCCGCCGAGUGCUCCAUGUAACGUCGUCCGCCGCCGCCGGAGAUGGGGAAGAAGAUGGGCUGGCCGGCGUCUGUAUAAAUAAAUAAAAGAUUGGCACUUGGGGAUCGAAGAACACAAUGUGUAAUGUAGCUGGGGUAAAAUUCUUUCUUUCACUGUUCGUAGUAAUCCACGCCCUGUUCGUGUUUAACUGAUCGUGUCCGUGUCCAUGUCCAUGCCACAAUUCAUGUGUAAUAUAUUCCUCACAUCACAUACAUGUUCUUGUUCCCAAGCGUGCAACUGUG